UUUCCAAAUGUUUGCAAACAUUGAUGCUUUUGUUUAGUUUUAAAGAACAAAAAAUUUAUACAAAAUGUGUAUUUUUUGUCCCAAGUUAGUUUUAACAGUGUCAGUAUAAGUCCUGACUGCAAUCUUGGAGGUCAUGGGUGAGCUAGGAGUUCUGGACCCCUGCAAGUAUUGGCCAUAAGUGCAUUAAAUGAUUAAGCAAUCUUCUAGUAUUGGUUCAACAUGUUCUUUAUCACUUAAGUGAAACAAAAAAGAAAACUAAAUGACUUUUUUUAUCUAAAAAGGUGCCCUUUAUGGCCUGCUCUGAAAUAUUGACCUAAAUAAUGUUGAUAUUUUUCUACUUUAGACAUUUUGCAAAUAUUUAAAUCUAAGCUAGAACAUUAACAUUAAUUUGGUCAUUCAAUUGGAGGCACACCCUUUUUGGAGGAAUUAUAGCACAUUGAGACUGAUGAGGGACUAAAGUCAACAUCUUACUUUCUUGUUGGAGCAUUGUUCACCUUUGUUACAUUUGUGUUUCACAUUUCAGUGUGAAUUUCACCAGUCUUUGUCUGUAGAAUGUAAAUGCUUUGUCACAGUUCAUUUCAAUGUAAACCUCACCGUAGCUAAAAGCAGUUGUAUCAUCAAUCAUGUUUUUGUUUUGUUUUUUAUGUAAUGAUAGGAACAGGCAAAGUACUUCAAGUCAAAAAUGAACAUACUUAUAGGGUCUCAAACACUAUAAUUAGAUUAUAUUAUAAUUUUACUUCCGUCACUUGAAAGUGAACAGGGUAAUGUGCUACUUGGGCUAUUUUCAGCCAGUUUUACUUAUGAUAUUUUUGCCUGUGUCCUUAUUUAUUAUAUCUUUUAUAAAUCUAGUCUGAGUAAAUAUAGCAAUAAAGUGUACAUAAAUAGAGCAUACACAGGUUCUUUCUGCAGUUUACCCAUAAAAACAAUCUGUUUCUAUCAAGUAUUAUAAUAAUGAAAUGUGCAGUUCAUGAUUGGAGUAAACUUACUACUUUGUAUACAAACUUGCUUAAAAGAAUUGUUUUCACUAUUUUCUGAUCAUAUUUUUAUUUUCUUCAGUAUAAGAAAAAUUCCACCAGAAUUUGAGGCAGACUUCACAGAUCGUGGAUACCAGAAUAAAUUACCGAUGCAUGCUCGCUCAACUGCCACACAGUCUGUCAAAAAUAACCUCAGGAUUACAGAAAUACAAGCUGAUUCUAGUCUUAUACUUAAUUCACAAAAGGCUCAGAAAAUAAUCAAUGAACAUAUAGAUCACAGACGUUUAGAGCGUAGUGAAAAUCCAAACCGGUUUAAUAUCAAACCUUCAAUAGGUGAAUCCAGCUUCCGUCAUCCGUUACCACAGAGACAAGAAGAGGGCAAUCAGCAGGAGACAGAAGGUCCAGAACCAGAGAGAACACAAAGCCCAAUAUCAAGAGAGACAAGUGUACAUUUUAAAGAAGUUCAAGUGAAACAGCUGGACAAAAAUGCACUGUAUAACAUGCCUAUCCAAGGAUACUGAACACAGAAAUUUGUUUUCAAAACAUUUGAUAUGAAACUUUUUAUUGUUUAUUAAAUUGCCACAGAGUUUUGUUUAAUAUCAGUUCAUUUUCAUGCAAUACUAAAUAUAAACUAAAAAAACAAAUUCUAACAAAGUCUUGGGUUUCUUUUAGACCUGAAACUAAGCUAUACAUUCUUACACUUACAUUUACUAAUGUAAUAAAUAAUGGAAAAAAAUAAGUUGUAAAAUGAACAAUUUUAUUAAUCUUUGUUGUCAUUAAUUGAAAAAGACAUUUUAUAUUUAUAUUUUGUUUUCAGACUUUUUAUGAAAUCUUUUAGAAUUAUUCUAAACAAUGGCUAGAGAGCUUGUUUUGUUGAAAACAAGUUUGUUGGGCUAGCUGCUUUUAUGGACUUGUUGAUGAUUCUAAUAGAUGGCAAACUUGACCAGCCUUUUAAAGAAACUGCCAUUCUACUUUGUUUAUGUUUAUGAUAUUUAAUCUUUGUGAACAUGAUGUAUAGAAUAAGGUGUCUCUCAUAUAUAACAAUAUUACACAAUUAUGGUAUUUCUUGUUUUAAGUUUUUAACAAAAUCAUAGUUCCAAUUUCAUUUUCACACAUAAAUGCAUCUGUUAUGUUCAAUAUGCAUAAUUUUCAGUUAAGCUAAAUUUGAAACUAUUUUUUGAGGUGGUUUACUCUAAGAUAAAACAGGAACAGUAGUGGUCUUCUGACAUUAUAUAAAGAGUAAUCAUUUACCCACGUAACCGCCAAAUUUUGAGGGAUAAUUAGAUUUAGCGUUGUCCAUCCAUCUGUGCAUGUUUGCAUGCAUCUGUACCUUGUCUGCCUGUCUAAAAUUGAAAAUUAUUUUGAUUCAAAAAGAUUUUAGCUAGAAUCACCAAAACGCACAUAAUUAUUGAUUAGCACAUGACAUUUGCUCACAUUUAGAAUUAUCCCCCCUUGACCCAGAAAAGGCAGAGAUUUUUGCUUUGAUUAGGUGAAAGAGGAAUUUUUGACUUUAUCUUAGUAACCUUUAGAUGAAUCUGCAUGAAAUUUUACACAAUGCAGUUCAUGACAGGCAAUGGUGCAUGAGCAACAUUCAACAGGAUCACUUCAGUAACUUCAGAGUUCAGAGAUGGACCUUCAUCGAAUUUUAAACUUCAGUUGUUUAAAAGUCAUAAAUGUAUCUGAAAAUUAAAAAUAUCUUUCAAAAUAUAGUCCCCUCAUCAUAAACCAACCUAUUUGGCGAGGGAUAUAAAUUCACUAAAUUUACUUUUAUUUCUUAGUAUAAUGUCUCUUACAUUAUUACAUCACCCCCAUCAUCUCCUGCCUACUCAAAAUGAGGGAUCUAGGGCCAUCUUGACCCUCUUGUUCAUAAUCAGAAAGAUCAGUUUCAGUGCAAAGUCAUUUAUUUGCAGUGUGUGAUACUAAUGUUUCUUUGUUUUUAUCUUUUUAUUUGUUGUGAGGAUAUUUCAUUUUGUUUUCUUUUUUCAUCUUAGUUCAUUGAUCAUUGGUUUCAUCAUGAAUUGUGAUGUAAAUUUUAUUAUAUGAAUAAAUUAUAUAUAUUUUA